AUGGCUCUGAUCAUGGAACCGGUGAGCAAAUGGUCUCCGAGUCAAGUGGUGGACUGGAUGAAAGGUCUUGAUGACUGUUUGCAGCAGUAUAUUAAGAACUUUGAGAGGGAGAAGAUUAGUGGGGACCAGCUGCUGCGCAUUACACACCAGGAGCUAGAAGAUCUGGGGGUCAGCCGCAUUGGCCAUCAGGAACUGAUCUUGGAAGCAGUUGAUCUUCUGUGUGCACUGAAUUAUGGCUUGGAAACAGAAAAUCUAAAAACCCUUUCUCACAAGUUGAAUGCAUCUGCCAAAAAUCUACAGAAUUUUAUAACAGGAAGGAGAAGAAGUGGCCAUUAUGAUGGGAGAACCAGCCGAAAAUUGCCAAACGACUUUCUGACCUCAGUUGUAGAUCUGAUCGGAGCAGCUAAGAGUCUGCUUGCCUGGUUGGACAGAUCACCAUUUGCUGCUGUGACAGACUAUUCAGUUACAAGAAAUAAUGUCAUACAACUCUGCUUGGAAUUAACAACAAUUGUGCAACAGGAUUGCAGAUAUUUUGAGACUAGCAAUAAAGAUGUACAUGUAUGUAAAACUCUUUCUGGAGUCUGUGAUCACAUCAUAUCCCUAUCAUCAGAUCCUCUGGUUUCACAGUCUGCCCACCUGGAAGUGAUUCAGCUGGCAAACAUCAAGCCAAGUGAAGGGCUGGGUAUGUAUAUUAAAUCAACAUAUGAUGGCCUCCAUGUGAUUACCGGAACCACAGAAAAUUCACCUGCAGAUCGAUGCAAGAAAAUCCAUGCUGGUGAUGAAGUGAUUCAAGUUAAUCAUCAGACUGUGGUGGGGUGGCAGUUGAAAAAUUUGGUGAAUGCACUACGAGAGGACCCGAGUGGUGUUAUCUUAACUUUGAAAAAGCGACCUCAGAGCAUGCUUACCUCAGCACCAGCUUUACUGAAAAAUAUGAGAUGGAAGCCCCUUGCUCUGCAGCCUCUUAUACCUAGAAGUCCCACAAGCAGCGUCGCCACGCCUUCCAGCACCAUCAGUACACCCACCAAAAGAGACAGUUCUGCCCUCCAGGAUCUCUACAUUCCCCCUCCUCCUGCAGAGCCAUACAUUCCCAGAGAUGAAAAAGGAAACCUUCCCUGUGAAGACCUCAGGGGACAUAUGGUGGGCAAGCCAGUGCAUAAGGGAUCUGAAUCACCAAAUUCCUUUUUGGAUCAGGAAUAUCGAAAGAGAUUUAAUAUUGUUGAAGAAGAUACUGUCUUGUAUUGUUAUGAAUAUGAAAAAGGAAGGUCAAGCAGUCAAGGAAGACGAGAAAGCACUCCAACUUACGGCAAGCUACGACCUAUAUCUAUGCCAGUGGAAUAUAAUUGGGUGGGGGACUAUGAAGAUCCAAAUAAGAUGAAGAGAGAUAGUAGAAGAGAAAACUCUCUACUCCGAUAUAUGAGCAAUGAAAAAAUUGCUCAAGAAGAAUACAUGUUUCAGAGAAACAGCAAAAAAGACACAGGGAAGAAGUCCAAAAAGAAGGGUGAUAAGAGUACUAGCCCAACUCACUAUUCAUUGCUACCUAGUUUGCAAAUGGAUGCAUUGAGACAAGACAUCAUGGGCACCCCUGUGCCAGAGACCACCCUCUACCAUACAUUUCAGCAGUCUUCUCUGCAGCACAAAUCAAAGAAGAAAAGCAAAGGUCCUAUAGCAGGCAAGAGUAAAAGACGAAUUUCUUGUAAAGAUCUUGGCCGUGGUGACUGUGAGGGCUGGCUCUGGAAAAAGAAAGACGCUAAGAGUUAUUUUUCACAGAAAUGGAAGAAAUAUUGGUUUGUCCUAAAGGAUGCAUCCUUAUAUUGGUAUAUUAAUGAGGAGGAUGAAAAAGCAGAAGGAUUCAUCAGUCUGCCUGAAUUUAAAAUUGAUAGAGCCAGUGAAUGCCGGAAGAAAUAUGCCUUCAAAGCCUGUCAUCCUAAAAUCAAAAGCUUUUAUUUUGCUGCUGAACAUCUUGAUGAUAUGAACAGGUGGCUUAACAGAAUUAAUAUGCUGACUGCAGGAUAUGCAGAAAGAGAGAGGAUCAAGCAAGAACAAGAUUACUGGAGUGAGAGUGACAAGGAAGAAGCAGAUACUCCAUCAACACCCAAACAAGACAGCCCUCCACCCCCCUAUGAUACAUACCCACGGCCUCCCUCUAUGAGUUGUGCCAGUCCCUAUGUGGAAGCAAAACACAGCCGGCUUUCCUCCACAGAGACCUCUCAGUCUCAAUCUUCCCAUGAAGAGUUUCGCCAAGAAGUGACUGGGAGCAGUGCAGUGUCCCCCAUACGCAAGACAGCCAGUCAGCGCCGCUCCUGGCAGGAUUUAAUUGAGACGCCGCUGACAAGCUCAGGAUUACACUAUCUUCAGACUCUGCCCCUGGAGGAUUCUGUCUUCUCUGACUCCUUGGCUAUAUCCCCAGAGCACAGGCGGCAGUCUACCCUUCCAACUCAAAAGUGCCACCUACAGGAUCACUAUGGGCCAUAUCCCUUAGCUGAGAGCGAGAGGAUGCAAGUGUUAAAUGGAAAUGGGGGCAAACCUCGAAGUUUCACUCUGCCUCGAGAUAGUGGGUUCAACCACUGCUGUCUGAACACGCCUGUUAGUGCCUGUGAUCCACAGGACGAUGUGCAACCAACAGAGGUGGAGGAAGAGGAGGAGGAGGAGGAGGAGGAAGGGGAGGCAGCAGGGGAAAACAUAGGAGAAAAAAGUGAAAGUAGGGAAGAGAAGUUAGGAGAUUCAUUGCAAGAUUUGUACAGGGCAUUGGAGCAAGCCAGCCUGUCACCUCUAGGAGAACAUCGCAUUUCGACCAAGCUGGAGUACAAGCUGUCAUUUAUAAAAAGAUGUAACGAUCCUGUAAUGAAUGAAAAACUACACAGGCUGAGAAUUCUCAAAAGCACUUUAAAGGCCAGAGAAGGGGAAGUAGCCAUUAUUGAUAAAGUUCUAGACAAUCCAGACUUGACAUCUAAAGAAUUCCAACAAUGGAAGCAGAUGUACCUGGAUCUUUUCUUGGAUAUCUGUCAAAACACCACCUCAAAUGACCCAUUAAAUAUUUCCUCUGAAGUAGAUGUAAUCACUUCCUCUCUAACACAUACUCAUUCUUACAUUGAAACGCAUGUGUAA